CAAGUGUUUGCAGCUUGGUUGUGCAGCAUGCUAGAUCCUGAGGGCAGUGUGGAGCACAAGCCUUCCUCUUCCUUCGCUAAAGUUUUUCUCAUUCCUCUAGCCAUGAUCCUUGCAAUUACAGCACUCCUGCUCUUAGCAUUUUCUGCCACUCAGCAGAAAGAGACUGAUUUUUACACUUUUAAAGUUGUAAACAUCAGGGGCAAACUAGUAUCUCUGGAGAAAUACAGGGGCUCGGUGUCGUUAGUUGUCAACGUUGCAAGUGAGUGUGGGUUUACAGACAGUCACUACAAGGCCUUACAACAGUUACAGAAGGACCUUGGCCCAUAUCAUUUCAAUGUGUUGGCAUUCCCUUGCAAUCAGUUUGGGCAGCAAGAGCCAGACACCAACAAAGAAAUAGAGAGUUUUGCCCGAAAGACUUAUGGUGCCUCCUUUCCUAUGUUCAGCAAAGUUGCAGUCAGUGGAGCUGGUGCAAUUCCUGCCUUCAAGUACUUAAUUGAUUCUACAGGAGAAGAACCAACCUGGAACUUCUGGAAAUACUUGGUAGACCCCAAUGGGAAAGUAGUAAAGGCCUGGGACUCUACUGUCUCUGUUGAAGAAAUAAGACCUCAUGUUACAGAACUUGUGAGGAAAAUCAUCCUGAAGAAAAAAGACGAAUUAUGACUUUAAAAAAAUCACAGCAGGUCAAUUGUAUCUUUAUUGAGAAUUAGGACUGGGCUUUGUCUUUUCACAUUCCAAAAGACAGGAUAUGCAGAAGGGAAAACAUGACCAGAGGGACUGAUAUUCACCACCUUCAGAAUGCAGAAAACAGAUAAAUUUAAAUUUUAAUCGCUUUUUAAUUUAGAUUAUUUUCUGCUAUCUCCAAAUGAAUACUAUUUGGCCCUUCCAAGAAAGAAGACUGCAUCAGCAACUUGUUAAUUCCCAAUUCAAAUUAUUGCUUGUUUAUAACACAACAGAAAGCUGGUUAAUGUACCUCUAGCAAAGAGUCUCGGAGCAAUAGGAGUUUCCCAGCUGGGAUCUUCUGACAUCUAAAAUUCUGUUGACAUAUUUUGAUCACAAUCUAAAUGAAAAAAUAAAGAAUAAAAAGUGUGGGAUUGAUUUAAGGCAUGUGCUAGGAAAAGGGCAAAACCAGAUACCUCCAGUCCAAACCAACUUCAUUGUAUGUUUUUCUAGUUAAGAAGGUCAAACUUUUAAUUUCAUCUACCUGGAAAGUCAGUGGUUAAGGACCCAAGGAAAACAUAUCCAUAAAACUUAAACAAAACAACCAGAAUACUGUAAGAAUUCUCUAAAAGCUAUGAGAUCUCUGCAUUUUUUUUUCAUCUAUUAAGGAUUAUCAGAUAAUAUAUAAGUAACCAUCUGAACAUCUGGACGACAAGAGUCAAUAUGGAAUGGCUGUUGCUUUCCUUUAGCAGCACUGUGGUUUAGAAGACUUGCUCUCACCUCCUAUAAUUGAUUCUAAAUUUAUUUUUCAGUUUAUAACACCAUCUGAUUUUGCUGCACGUACAAACAUUAGAGAAUUAACAAUUUCCUGUGGAUCACAUUUUUCAAACAAUUGACUGUUGCAUAAUGCUACAUUAUUUAAUGUUGCGAUUGUUUAGUUGCAUCCUUGUUUCAAAGGUAGCACUCGGGCACCUAUUCAGACUUCACACUGCAGAACUUAUUAGCGUACACUAAAAUAAUAACAAUAACAGCCCCAUUGUUCUUUGACAGAAAUCCACUGAAAAUCUCGUCAGCAAGAACUCUUUUUAUCAAUAACAACACAAAAUACAGGUCCCUUGCUUUUAAACUCAGGAAGAAGCUGGUCUUGUCCAAUGGCAGUGUUAUUGACAAGUGAAAGCUUUUUUGGUGCUUUGCAAUGCUUUUUAAAGUAGCAAAAACAGUAUUUGUACAUGUAGUUGACAGGCUUCAAGCACAUAAAUAAGUCAUAAUUGCUCUGGCCACAGUAUGAACUUAUAAUGGCAGUGAUAAGCUAGAAUAGCUCUUCAGCAUCCGAACAGUCUUCAGCUGAAAUCAAAGGCAAGCAUUAUGACAUGCACCAGCUUGCAGAAAAAAGAGUGGAAAGAGGAGUACUGAAGAACUAUUGGAAAUAAAAGAGCUGAUCUUAGAGUCCAUCAUAGAUCCCACGCUUUGACAGCUGCUCCCGUCUGAGGUCUUGGAGGUGGUGGUGGGGAAAAAAGAAUGGAGAAAAUAAAAGGAAGGAGUAACAGAAAUACAUAAGAAAAAAAGGCUUGGAAGGAAGAAAUGAGAAGGAAAUGAAAAACAGCUUAUAAUCAAAGACUCUUUGGGAUAAAUAGAGGAUGGAAAUGUUCAAUUGUAUUGAAACUAAUGAGCACACUCCAAGCUAUAUCAGCUAAUUCUCCCUUGGAGCAUAGUUUCAGAGUACAGGAAAUUGGUGCAAGUGGCAGUGAACGUGUCUGUACUUUCCUCUGAUGUAAAGAAAAAUGGACUCCAUCAUUCUUUCAAUCACUUGUUCUAUGCUUACAUCAAUCACUCAGGACAGCUGUUAUAACGUAAAGGACAAAGAACCCAACUACUAGGAAAGGAGCUCUUUUAUGACUAUAGUUAUUUACCUUUUCUCUGUCCAUUGGUGCCAAUGCAGCGCCCGAACAUGCUGUUAGCAGAAACUGAGAGCUGAAAGUAUUUUCCAUAGAAAGGAUGUUUCUAUUAACUGAAGCCCUGAUGAGCCCAGAUCACGCUUUGCAAAACAUUUUGAGCCCUCUUUAUUUCAAUUUAAUGUGUCCAACUUCAAACAGAAAUCUGGAUUUAUAUAAAUAUGAUCUUGCAUUGCCUACUGGAUAAACACUGCAAGUCUAAAAAGAUGUCAUGUCAACAACCAGUUGGAAAGUUUUUAUUCCACACAGACAAAUACUCUGCUUUAAAGGCAUGACAAAGCAAGGGGAAAAAAGAGCUUUCACCCAUCAAUAAUACUGCAAUUGGACAGGACUAUAUUCUUCUUAAAGCAUCCCAGGGUUAAGAAAUGAAAGUCACAGAGGAAAAGUAAAUAUUCUUGGCCGCAGAUUAGUUCACAUCUUGUUCUUUGUGACCACCUGCUCCAAAAAAAAAAUAAAAUAUUGCAAACAAAA